AUGAGUUCAUUUUUACCCCUUUUCAGUCAUCAAGACUUUUAUCAAAUUGGGACUUACCAGUCAUAUAAUGAACUGCCUGACAAACCGUUUUAUAUUCCCACAAACUUGUCAGAAGAAGAAAACAAGGACUCUGCAUUUACGCAAACAUCAUUUGAUGAUAAUUCAUCAGAAGACGAAGUCAUCUUCACCGACUUAUCAUCAAGCAAAGCAAACAUCCAAGCUAAAGACUCAAAAAGCAAUUCGAAAAAUUAUUCCCCUUCAUAUCUUGAUGAUUCUGACUCUUCUUGUUCCUCGAAGACUAAUCUCAGUCUUGAAUCUGGAGAAAGUAUCCAGAAAGUGGUAACACCUCCAAAACGAGCAAGGGGAAAGAAAAAUGGAAGACCGGGAAAAGAACGACAGAAAGCUGUUCCCAGGAGUGCCCCACCCCCUAUGAUCAUGAAGAAGAGGAGGCUGGCUGCGAACGCGCGGGAAAGACGAAGGAUGGAGAGCUUGAACCACGCUUUCGAUCGUUUGCGGGGUGUCGUUCCGUCAAUCGGAGAUGAUAGAAAAUUAUCAAAAUAUGAAACUUUGCAAAUGGCACAAACUUAUAUUACUGCUCUAUGCGAACUUUUGCAAAGAGAAUGA